AAUAAUGGAAUGUUCUGGUCUUGUUUGCGGAGCUCGGACGGUCCCAUGUUGGUAUUUUAGAGGGGGUGACUUUCAGCAGAGUCUUGGCAGCCUCGGUGGUGGCUCUUCUUUUAUAUCUAGCUAGCCCUUUCUCCUUGGUGUUUAAAGACAGAACUGGCAAAAUGUCCAGCAAAAGGGCGAAGGUGAAGAGCAGCAAGAAGCGUCCUCAGAGGGCCACUUCCAAUGUGUUUGCCAUGUUUGACCAGUCACAGAUCCAGGAGUUCAAGGAGGCCUUCAAUAUGAUCGACCAGAACCGAGAUGGCUUCAUAGAUAAAGAGGACCUGCAUGACAUGCUGGCUUCAUUAGGUAAGAACCCCACAGAUGAAUACCUUGAGGCCAUGAUGAACGAAGCUCCAGGUCCCAUCAACUUCACCAUGUUCCUCACAAUGUUUGGAGAGAAGCUGAAUGGCACAGACCCCGAGGACGUCAUCAGAAACGCUUUUGCUUGCUUCGACGAGGAAGGAACAGGUUUUAUCCAAGAGGAAUACCUCAGGGAGCUCCUGACCACCAUGGGCGACAGAUUCACAGACGAAGAGGUGGAUGAGCUCUUCCGAGAAGCUCCUAUUGACAAGAAGGGCAACUUCAAUUACGUGGCGUUCACACGCAUCUUAAAGCACGGCGCCAAGGACAAAGAUGAUUAGGAAGGGACUGGAAUUCGCUGAAGACCCAUGCAGAUUACACUGUUCAUAAUUACUGCACAUCAUGUUUAAUUGUUGUAGGACAAUUCACACAUGUUGGCUUUAGAAGGAAGGCACAUAACACUACAAGGCAAGACUGAUAAACCUCAUGUAUAUUGUCUUAAUAUACUUAUAUAUUUAUAACUACAUAGACGUAAACAAGUGGAGUACUCAGGCGCAAAAGUGAAGCUGUAGCAGUGUUACAAGGUUUAGAAAUAAACUCGAGAAAGAUUGUGGUCUACACACAAGCAGCUUUGCUGUUACAUUUUGUUAAGCUUUACCAACAUUCAUCUGAAAACCGGCUAUUUAAAGACUGCUGUGAGUUAAGCUUAAAGAUAAGUCUGAAGUAUGACAACACCAUUGCUGUAUUUAAUUAUUUACACACUAAUUAUUUAUGCACUUUUUGUUCUGUGAUGCUAUUUAGCUGUAAAGUAAGAUAAAAUGUUUGAGAAUACACAGGUUGGUUUGUUAACAGUGGAAAUAGUUACAGUCAAAACUAUGGUCAUUGCUACUGCUUAAAUAUUAGUAAGGGUGCUUACAACCAACCAAUGAAAUGUAACCACGUGGUAGAGGCAGCUUCCACAAUGUAACUACCAUACAAGCUCCUACUUUGUAAAAUAGGCCUUUGGUAGUGGCUUUCCAUUCGUAGUGCAGAGUAAAGCAAUAAUCUUACACUGCAAAAUCUCACAGACUGUGUAACUGAAAUAAAGCACUGUCAGCGUAUGCUGAGGUUAAAAUUAUGAUUGCAAGUUACUCAGUUAAAAAAGAGAAACAAAUCACUACAGCAACACUAUGAUCUUCAUGAGCUGUUUAUCACUCUGUGGUUCAUCUCAGGUUUGCUCAUGAUUGGUUCAGUCAGGUGACCAAUCUCUGCUCUGAGAACAAUUUUAACACCUAAAACUCCUCUGUGAACUUGUUACAUAUCUAGGUGACUAAUUUCGAAGAUGUUUUUGCCACUCAUCCAAAAAAACGUUGAAAUUCUAUUACCUAGGCAUGCCAUUUAAAAGUAUUCAGUUCACCAGGAUGAAUAAAUUUCAUUUCACAGACAUUGUAGGGUUCCGACAUUUCAGAAUCUAGUGCUUGGAUGAUGUGUAUAAUAUUGUGCAUUUGUUUGUCCUUAACAUAUGUACAAAUAAAUGACAAAUAAAUUCA